CCUGCCACCCUGUCCUCAUCAGCUCUUCUCCAAUUCUGCAGUAUUUUGCCACACUGCUUUUCCAGCAAGCCAAUAAACGUCUUGGACUCCUGGGUUUUCUGCCUCGAGAUAUCCAACUUGCAGUCAGGCGGGCGACACAGAAGGUGAGAGCCUGGCAAAAGAGCAGGGACAUUUGUGCCAGGAGAGGCUGGCCAGAGCUUAGCCCAGACCCCCAGCAAGAAAGGCCGGCCAUGCAGCCGGCUGUGGGACAAAGUCUGGCUCCCAGCAGCUCCGUGGAGUCUCUGGCACAGGAGCUUCCCUCACCAGCUGGCUCUGUGGGCUGAGAGCCAGCAGCAGCCACAUCUGGAGCCCUGCCCAGAGCCCUGGGGCUGCCUGGGGAGGUCCCAUGGCUGCUGCUGAUGGGGCUGCCUGGCUCAUUCCAGCACUGCUGCAUCUGCGGCCAGAGCGGGGCCACCAUCCUGUGCUGCAAGGAAGGCUGCAACAGAUGGUUCCACCUGCCCUGUGCCAAGGAGGGUGGCUGUGUCACGCAGUACAUUGUUCCAUUCAGGUCCUACUGCCCUGAGCACCGUCCAGUGCAGGUCGUGCAGGUGACUCCAGAGCCGGGCACCGAAUGCCCCAUCUGCAUGGAGCCAGUGGAGGACAGAAAGACCUUCAACACCAUAGUGUGCCCAGCAUGCAAAAGAGCCUGGUUCCACAGGGACUGCCUCCAGGGACAGGCCAUGUGUGCUGGUCUUUUGUCUUUCUGCUGCCCCCUCUGCAGAGACCGUGAGACAUUUCUUGUUGAAGUGUUCUUUAUCGGGAUCCGAACCCCUCUCAGGUUGGUGUCCUUCAGUGUGAUUCACAAGACAGGAGGGUGCAAGUGCC